AUGGAGAUGAUAGAAAGAAGAGAAGAGUACUCAUCAUUCAUCAAGUCCCUACCCAAUGACGUCGUCAUGGACAUACUCUCACGGCUACCUGUCAAGGUCCUUGGACGUUUUGAGCGUGCGAAAUUGUUGACCCAGUGUGGCCGAGUGGAGAAGUUGAUUAUCCGCCACUUCAUUUUGUGUGUCAAUGGGGCAGAAAAGCAACUUCAUCUGGUGAAUCCUUCAACUAGAAAAGUCAAAAGAUUACACCCACCAUUCAAAUGUGAACCAGAUGGUGGUUCGUAUGGGUUUGGCUACGAUGCCUUAACUGAUGACUAUAAGGUUGUGCACAUCCCAAAUUAUGUUGGAAAAACAUGUCUAACCACUUUAUUUACACGAAAACCAAAUUGCUGGAGGAGAAUUCAAGACAUCCCGUACCAUGUUACGUGCUCUGCACCUGCGGCACUCCUGAAUGGUGCUCUCCAUUGGUUAACUAAGGACAUGACUAAGAUAGUUUCUCUUAAUUUAGGGGACGAAAAGUUUCAAGUUUUUAUUCUACCAGAAUUUGGAAUAAACGAAGAAGCUUACUUAGUUACGGUUGUCGGAGGAUGUCAUUGUGUCUGUGUCACUAUUAGGGAAUUUAGGGGGGAGUGGAAGCGCUCUUCUGAAUUUUGGGUGAUGAAGGAAUAUGGCAAGAAAGAGUCUUGGACUAAUCUCGGCUUUGCCAUUCCAAAGUGCCAAGUGAAGCCUUUGGAUUUCUCAAACAAAAUAAUGAUAAUCUUCUAUCUCUGGUAG